UGAGAUCUGCAGCAUCACUACGGAUGUCUGUACUGUCCGUGCUCUCCUUUGUGGACGCCUGGACUGAAGCAGGAAAGCUCGUUCUUGUUUUUGUUUCAUUUUGUUUAUUCAGUGACAUCUGGCUGGUUUUCCUCAGCAAACCAAAGGAGCAGUUGACAUAGUAGGAAAUGGCAGAAAUGGAGGCUUUGGUGGGUCUGGAGCCAUACUCAGUUGAUCAUGGUCUGUUUCAAGAACCCAUGAAGAAAAGACGCCGGGCAGACCGAGACCGGCGGUUCCAAGCGUUUCCCUCCAUGGAGCAAAGUGCUCUUAAGGAAUAUGAAAAACUGGAGUCUCGGACCAGGAGGGUUUUGAGCAACACUUACCAGAAAAUGAUUCAGUCUGUCUUCUUGGAUGAUAACAUACCCAGUGGGGUCAAGUAUCUCAUAAACAGGCUUCUCACCUUGAUUGAAAAGCCACCAUUGGACCCAAUCUAUGUUGGGUUAUUGGGAAGCACUGGAGCUGGAAAGAGCUCCCUCAUCAAUGCCCUCAUCCAGCAAGCUAUGUUUCUACCAGUUUCUGGAGAAAGUAUUUGCACUUCAUGCAUUGUACAAGUGAGCUCUGUGUGCUGUGAGCAGUAUGAGGCCAAAAUCCACCUUCUGUCUGACCAGGAGUGGAAGGAGGAGCUGAGGAACUUGACCAAGCUCCUGCACAGGACUGAGGAGCCCAGUGAAGAGGCGGAUAUGUGGGACAAGGAUGAUGCAGUGGAGGAAGCCGCCUGGAAGCUACAGAUGGUCUAUGGAAGUGGGGCAGAAAGGCAGAGCUUUGAGGACUUGCUAAGGACGAAGCCCAGAGGGAAGAUUCCCACCUCUAGAAUCAUCACUCUCAAGGCAGAGGAGGCAGAAGAGCUGUCUGUCAAGCUGGACCCCUACAUCAGGACCCAGAGGAGACACUGGGAUAGAGAACCAGCUGAGACUAGAAUGUGGCCCUUGAUCAAGUAUGUGGAAGUGAUUCUUCCCAAAUCUGCGCUGCUUCCUGAAGGGGUUGUGCUGGUGGACAUUCCUGGCACAGGCGACUUCAACAGCAAGAGGGACGAGAUGUGGAAGAAGACCAUUGACAAGUGCUCUGUGAUCUGGGUGAUCUGCGACAUAGAGCGGGUUUCUGGGGGGAGAACCCAUGAAGACCUUUUGAAUGAGAGCAUCAAAGCCUGUCAGCGUGGCUUCUGCAGAGAUGUUGCCCUGGUGAUCACCAAGACGGACAAACUCCACCUUGCAGAAUAUCUAAGGGAAAGAAAGAUGGGAAAUCAAGCCAUUCAAAGUCAGCGAGAGGCUGUUUUGCAAAGAAAUGAAAUAAUUAAACUACAAAGGAAUAGAAUUCUUAAGGAAAAACUGAAGAGAAAACUGCCAGCUGACUCCAGGGUUCUGGAAACCUCGGAUCUGGUGUGCACAGUCAGCGCCCAGGAGUAUUGGCAGCAGGCCGUUCUCACCGAGGAAGAAACUGAAAUCCCCAAGUUAAGAGAAUAUAUUCGGAAAAGGCUCUUGGACAAGAAGAGGAGACUGGUGACCAAGUUCGUCACUGAAGCCUUUGGCCUGUUGCUCCUCACAGACAGUUUCAACUCAACAGAAAACUUGCUGAAUGAGCACUUGAAUGCCAGUGGCCUGCGGCGAUUUGUAGAGGAAAGGGCAGAGCUGUUGGAGAAGGGUAUUGAGCAGUGCUUUGCCCACAUGGAGCGGCCUCUGCAGGAAGGGGUCCAGGUGGCCAGGGCUUCCUACCGACGCAUCCUGAGCACAUGCCUGGUGAGAAGUAAAGGAAAUCAAGGUUUUCAUCAGACCCUGAAAGCUGUUUGCCUUAAAAAUGGUGUCUACGCCUCCAGGACUUUGGCUAGGAUUGACCUGAAUGAAGCCAUCUCCCAGCCUAUCUAUGACCAGAUCGACCCUGUGUUUGGAGGCAUUUUUAGGGAUGGGAAGCAAGCUGGCCCUGCUUUGAUGCUGUACAUAGAUGCUUUCAAGCACUCCCUGGAGGAGAGAAUGGCACAAAUUGGGAUAAGAAAUGGUUGGAUAUACGAUGGGUACAAGAAAAGCUUCCUGAUCCAGGAGAUAAGCUCCAUCCUGGGAGGCCUGGAGGGCCACAUCCUCCGAAGGAAGAGAAGGAUCUACGAGUCUGUCACCAUCUCCAUCCAGAACGACUUGAAGCCUUGUUAUGAAGAUGCAGCUCAGAUCACUGGCAGAAAAGCAUGUGAGAGAAUGAAGGAUGCCAUCAGAAGAGGAGUGGAGCGACAGGUGGCCGAGGGCAUGUUUGAAAGGGCUCAAGAGAGGAUGCAGCACCAGUUCCGGCAACUGAAGCAUGGAAUCAUUGAGAAGGUGAAGGCCAGCAUCGCCACCAUGUUGACCCUUGCUUCGUCUCAGAGUGAUGGUCUCUGCAAGGAGCUUGCAGAUGUCAGGAAUGAAUACAAGGAGAUGGAAAAGCUCCACAGAAGCCUGAGAGAGGUCGCUGAGAAUGCACAGCUGCGGCGCGGCAUGCAAGAUUUCCUCCUGGGAAUGUCCCCCAGCAAAGCAGGUCCCCCCAGAACUGAACUUUAGUUCUUGGGGCUUAGCCCCAAGGCAAUGAA